CAUGUACUGUAUGAAAGGGUUUAAGCAGGGGUAAAAUGAAAAAGACUUAAGUACAAGUUGUCUCAUGAGGCAUGUGAGGAGAGCUCAUCCUACUGUACUCAUUCAAGAAAAUGGAGGUAUGUCAACAAUUUCUUCCUUUCCUUCUCCUUGAUUGUUACUGCCACCUCAGUCUGCAGAUGUUGGAUAUCUAACCGGCGUGUUAGCUCCUAUAAAAUUGGUUAAGAAAACAGUUUCCAAAACCCCAUCACCAGAUCAAAUAACUGAGGAGUCUUUUCCUGUAAUUUCUACUGAAGACAUGCCCUCAGAUCUGUCACUUACUGAAAAGAGCAAUAAAGAAGAAAUUUUUGUUGUGUCAUCUCAACAGUUUCCUAACAGCCAGUGUGAAGAAACAGUGGAGAACGUAGCAGAGAAAACUGUUUACGUUCCUAAGAGUUCAUCUGGCUCUAGGAGAAGAUCUGCAGUCUGGAAACAUUUUUAUUUGUCUCCUUUAGAUAACUCAAAGGCCGUUUGCAUCCACUGCAUGAAUGAAUUCAGUAGAGGAAAGAAUGGUAAAGACCUUGGAACUAGUUGCUUAAUACGGCACGUGUGAAGAGUCCAACGUCUACAAGAGAAUGGAGGUGGUUCGAGCAUUCCCUCGCUGUACACGGCUCCUCCAACUCUGCUGCCACCUUUAUUGCCUUCAGAUGGUGAUCUGAAACCAGCAUCUGUUUGUUCUUCUCCAGAUAGAAUGAUUGAAGAAAACAAUUCACAUCUACCUUUGGGAGAUGCUCUCAUAGAAGACUCGUCAUUAUUGUCAUGUGAUGAUAUAGGUGAGGCUUCCUUAGUUUCUUCCCCUGAAAAAAGCCCUUUAAUAUUUGAACAUGGUGCUGUUUUUCAUCAGAAUAAACGAAUGAUGCGGAAACUUAAGUCGGAAGUGUGACAUCAUUUUUCUUUGUCUCCUGGGAAUAGUCUAAAAGUGGUAUAAAAUAAAUAAAUAUGUAGACACUGCAAUUGUAUAAUAAAUCAUGGAAGGAAAGGUGAUGUGGGCAAACUGAUGAGACAAUUAUAUAGACACCAUCCUGAACUCAUUGGUAUCCAGAAGAAUUUUAUGGAUGUGAGUUUAGCAAAUUCGCCUUAUGUGAUUCUGGCUUCUGCAGAAUGUUUGUCUUCAAAACUGACUUAAUUACCCACAAUGGUUACUAAUGAUAGUCAAGUCAUUUUUCCUCUUAGUAACAAAACCCCCUCAAAACUGUGGAAUCAUUUUUCAAUUUGUUCUGCAGAUUCAACUAAAGUAAUAUGUAUGCACUGUGGACGUACAAUAAGUCGGGGGAAAAAGCCAACCAAUCUAGGUACCAGUUGCCUUCUAAGACAUUUACAACGGUUUCAUAACAAUGUCCUGAAACCAGAUGCCUCAGAGCCAGUAUUGUCCUCAUCUACAAAUAGCCGUGUGCCACUGAGCACGGAUUUGUUGGGGACUUCAUCUUUUGAUGAAGCCACUGAUAAGUUUUCUUACCCUCACCCUGUUGCCAAAAUCACAAGUCUUGUAGCUGAAAUAAUCGCACUUGACCUUCAGCCAUAUUCUUUUAUAGACAAUAUUGGCUUUAAUUGACUGCUUGAAUACUUGCAGCCUCAGUAUUCUUUGCCUUCACCAUCUUAUUUUUCUAGGACUGCAAUUCCUGAUAUGUAUGAAAGUGUGAAACAAAUAACUGUUUCACAUUUUAAAGAAGCUGAAAGUGGAGCAGUUCAUUUUACGUCUGGAAUAUGGAUGAGUAACCAAACCCGAGAAUAUCUAACCCUUACUGCUCAUUUGGUAACAUUUGAGUCCAGGGUUCGACCACAAUAAUUACCAUUUUUCAGCUCUGUUACAUGUGUCACAGAUCGUGACUAUGGUGGUAUCAGCAUUUAGAAGCAACUAGAAUAUUGGUGGGAAGCUUGGAUAACAUUAAUCAGGCUUCAGAUUGGGACUACUGUAACAGAUAAUUAGACUAUAGGAAAAACUUUAAAUGAAGAGGAUCAUUCAAGUGUGCAGUGUUUUGGUCACAUAGUUACACAUAAUGAAGCUAUUAAAAGCCAGAGAAUGGUUCAAAACUUGCUUAGUAUUGCAAGAAAGAUUUGUGAACGUGUUCAUCGGUCAGCAAAAGCAAGAGAGAAACUGGCAGAGCUGCAGAAAGAGUAUCACUUGCCCCAGCAUCAGUUAAUUCAAGAUGUUCCAUCAAAGUGGAAUACAUCGUUCCAUAUGCUUGAAAGCCUCAUUGAACAGAAAAGAGCAAUUGACGAAAUGUCCAUAGAGUGCAGCUUCAGGGAAUUAAUAAAUGAUCAGUAGGAAGUGAUGCAGUCUGUCAGUCAUGCUGUCAAGCCAUUUGAAGUUGCAAGCAGAGAGAUGAGCACACAAAUGUCCACUUUAAGACAAGUAAUUCCAAUGAUUCACAUACUCAACAGGAAAAUUGAACUACUGUUUGAGGAAACAAUGGGUAUAGAUACCAUGCUGAAGUCUUUAAAAGAAGCUAUGGUGAGUAGAUUGUCUUCUACGCUUCACGAUCCAAGGUACAUUUUUGCUACUCUUUUGGACCCUCGUUACAAGGCCUCAUUAUUCACAGAAGAGGAGGCUGAACAGUAUAAACAGGACUUAAUCAGGGAGCUAGAAAUAUUAAGUGCUACCUCAGAUGAUGAGAAACCCUAG